GGAAGAAAGCAAAAGCUCGUAUCUUUGCCCCAAUUACCCGCCUCGAAAAUUACCGAAACCCUGUGGAAGUCGUGGCGGGAGGCAUCGACGGGACCAGCGGGGUGAAGAAGAAGAUGUGUUCGUGAGACUUGCGGGUUCCCACUGAGAUAUCGUAUUACAGAGAUCGAUGGCAUCUGACGACGAGGAUUUUGUCUUCUACGGGACGCCAAUCUCGCGGGAGGAGGACACCUCGGCUCGCAAGAGGAGGGCUAUCGCUGGCGCAGGCAAUCUCAGAAGCCUUCCUGCGUGGAAGCAAGAGGUGACAGAUGAAGAAGGCCGAAGACGUUUUCAUGGAGCAUUUAAGGGUGGCUUUUCUGCUGGCUAUUAUAAUACCGUUGGUUCAAAAGAGGGGUGGAGUCCACAGACAUUUACAUCUUCAAGGAAAAAUAGAGCUGAAGUGAAUAAACAAAGCAUCUAUAACUUUCUUGAUGAUGAAGACAUCAAGGAUAUGGGAGGGCAAGCAUUGGAGACGUCUCUCAAGUUUGAUACCUUUGGAUUCACAGCAACCGAACUUGCUCAUAAGCAGGCAGAGAGGGAACAGAAGAACAGGCCUUCGACAAUUCCUGGUCCUGUUCCUGAUGAAAUAGUUGUCCCUGCAUCAAGCUCUGUAGGAACCAAGCUGUUGUUAAAAAUGGGAUGGCGCUGGGGUUAUUCAAUCAAGGAUACUCAAGCUAGUUCACUACAUGAUGCUCGCAGGGAAGCCAGAAAGGCUUUACUUGCUUUUUCUGGUAAUGUUGGAGGAAAUAACCUCUCACAUGCUGAAUUCAGUCAACAUGAUACUGGAGAUUCCACCAUAAUGGACAAUGAUGUUCUCUUUUCAUCGCAUAGUACCCAUGCUUAUGUACUCAAUCCAAAGCAGGACUUGUAUGGCUUGGGUUAUGAUCCUUUCAAGCAUGCUCCUGAAUUUAAAGAGAGAAAAAUGUUGCAUGAAUCCAGAAAUAAUCAGGUUGUCAAAACAGGGGUUUCAAUGAAGGGAAAUCAUUUAGGUCCAAACUCAGGAAAAUAUGCCCCUGGCUUUGGGAUUGGGGCAUUAGAGGACCUUGAUGUUGAAGAUGAGGACAUUUAUGCUUCUGGUCUUGAAUUAUUCGUGAGUGAAGUAGAAGAAGAUCAGUUUUCAAGUAUAAUCGUAGAUGAUAAGCUCAAGCUGGAAAACUCUAAGAAUUGCUUACCUGGUUUUAAAGUUGCAUCAAGCUCUGAUUACAGUUUAAAACGGUUUCACCCUCCUGUUAUUCCACCUGAUUUUAAGCCUUAUCACAAUUUUGCAUCUCCUCUUGAAACUAUGGAAAAGUUUUUGGAUCCACCUCCUGCAGAAGUCCCUCCACCAGAAGAUGACAAUGCAAGGUUAUUGAUUGAUGGGUUUGCAAAUCUUGUUGCUCGCUGUGGAAAACUAUUUGAAGAUCUCUCCAAAGAGAAGAAUAGAUCAAAUCCACUGUUUUCAUUUCUUAGUGGCGGAAUUGGUUGUGAUUACUAUGCAAGGAAGUUGUGGGAGGCAAAGCAUAGGCGUUCAGAUCCGGAAAAACAGGCAGGUGUGGAAUCAGUUGUAUCCAACCACAAGAUGACAGCUGACACUCGUGGAAACGUUUUGGGUGAAAGACCACUAAAAAGGAGUUCAGACGAGACUUCAAAAUCUGCAAUCCAAACUAAAGUUGUCCACUUUCAUUCCAACCUCUCUGAUACAUUCACCCAAUCUGCAGCACUUGUUGGAUCAUCAGAAUGUGCUAAGCCUUUCAAAGAGGAUCCUGCAAAACAAGACAGGUUUGAGCUGUUUCUUAAAGUGAAGUACCAGGGAGGCCUUCGUUCAACAUCUUAUGGUGGUACAGAUAAGAUGUCAGAAGCGGAGCGAGCUCGUGAGAGAUUGGAUUUUGAGGAUGCAGCUGAUGCAUUAACAAAAGCAAAACGCAACACAGAAGAUCGUCUUCAAACAAACCAGCAGUCUAUUGAGUUCUCUAGAACUGGAGAUGAACGCUUUGUAUUACCAGUUGGACUGACACAUCGGUGUUCUCAAGAUGAAGAGAAGCUGAUAGAAAACAUUUUACCAAAAAGGGAAGAAUUCCAGUGGAGGCCUUCACCCCUAUUGUGCAAACGCUUUGAUAUUGUUGAUCCAUUCAUGGGAAAGCCACCUCCGGCACCAAGACCAAGAAGCAAGAUGGAUGCUCUGGUAUUCAUGACAGACUCUUUUAUGGAUGCUAAGAAUGAAGGAAUUAGCACUGCAAAUAGAAAUUCAUCUUUUGCUGCAGCAAAUAAAGACUCUUUGCCAGCUGCACAGUUAGAAGUACAGGAAGAACAGGUACUAACAGCAGAGCAACCUGACACUGAUCUGAGCUCAAGUGUGCAGAGGCCUGUUGAUCUGUACAAGGCUAUAUUUUCUGAUGAUUCUGAUGAUGAAGAUGAUGUGAGUUUCAAUUCAGUGGUUGAACCGGAGAAGAGGUCUGAUGGGGCAAACACAACUCUGAAUCGCAUCAUUGCUGGGGAUUUCCUCGAGUCCUUAGGUAAGGAGCUGGGAUUGGAGGUUCCUAUGGGUCCUUCGCACUUGGACAAGGCCAAUUCCACUAGUUUAGUCUCACCAAGUAAUAGCAAACCUUCUCCAGCUCUUGAAACAUCAAAUGCUUUAAUAAAUGAUAAGGAGGUUAGAAUUCAUGAAUCCAGGAUACCAGAAACUACAGGAAUCAGUGCAAAUCCAAGCAAAUCAUACAAAUCCAAUGAGACUGAAUCUGUUUAUAUUGAAGAAGGCAGGCCUUGGCCUAAUGAUUAUGGCUCUUUGAGGGACACGAAGAUCAUUAGUUCCAGAACUGGGGCUGAUGGCAGUUUUUCUUAUCAUGAAGAAAACAAGGCAGAUAAAAAAGAUCAAAAUCGAAAGCAUCGGAGUGGCUCACGGCGUCAACUGAGUAGUUCAGAUUCUGAUUCUUCGGAAGGUCGUCGAUAUCAGGACCGUUCCAGAUCAGGAAAAAAGGCUUCGUUAAAGAGAAAACAUUCAAGGCAUGAAAAAUACCACAAGCACAAAAGCAGCAGAACUCGACUUAGAUGUUCUGAUGAUGAGAGUGAUUCAGAGCUCUCAGAGGAUGGGGGAAGGGAUAGGAAAUCAAGAGAUCGGAGAAGACAUGCUGGUCGUUCAAAAUCUGAUGGCAAAAAGUACCGUUAAAUCUUGCAUUGUGGUUUGAAAUCUAAUAUAAUCAUUUGAGAUGUAUAUGGAAGUGCCAGUUGUUGAAAUUUUGUAUUUAAUAUCCAUCAUUUAAUGAAUGCCCAUUAGAUUUGGGGUUUUAAUAUAUAUAUUUUUGAAAUUGUUAGAUUCAUGCAAGUUUGAUACUCA